CACAGGGAUUGAUGAUGAAUGUAUGGAAUUUUGUUCUUGAUGCAACGUGUUGCUUCUUGCCUUCCAACUUUUGCGACUUUUGCAGAUUUGAAACAGGACACUUUUCGGAAUCAGUUUCCGACCCGUAGUUGUAUGUAGAUAGGCAGCGCUGGACUAGAUUUUGAUUUUUUUUUGACCUUAGCUAUAGUCACAGGACAAACAUUGACUUCGAACUGCGGGUGUAUUCCAUCACGUGGCCAAUUUCUUUCUGGUUUCUAUCAUUUCACCGAACAUAGAAGUGAGUUCUAGGCACUUCCUGCACAAAAGUGAGC